CCGCUUCGCCAACCCGCAGCAGGGCCUUGACCCCGCCGCCGCCGUCGCCAAAGCAAAGGAGUCCCGCUCCGCCCUCAAUAGCGCCGCUGCGCAGUCGCUGGCUGCGUACAGCUCUGCUCAUGCCUCCUCUGGGGCUGCCUUGACGUCCACUGGCACCCCUGCCGCCACUGCAACGGGCGUCUUGACCAGCAUUUCGGAACCCGCUUCUGCGAGUGCUACGGACGGUGCUGCUGCUGCUGCCGCGGCAACAGCAACUGGCAGCGCGCUGCUCAGCGCAGGCGCCAAAGCCGGCAUCGGCAUCGGCGUCGCGCUGGGCGCAGGGAUCUGGCUAUGGCAGCAAAGCAGGCGGCGGCAGCAGCAACAGCAAGAGCUGAACAGCAACUGCGGGGACGGCGGGGGCGCGCACGCCGAAGCUGCGCUGGGGCUAGGGAUGCAGCAGGGCCCUGGGCCGAUCGACCAUUCUGCCGCCGCUGCCGCUGCCGCUGCUGCCGCUGCUGCCGCGUUUCCGUAUGGUUACGCGGGCGGCGCGGUGCGUGGGUACGAGGGCGGGUUUCUGACUCUAAUGACAAUGGCAUGGCAUCUCCGCGUCGGCCCUCUUUUUGGCCCAUCUUCCAAUGAUUCUCAGGGGUCUUUUAGGAGUAAGCCACCCGCUCUGAUCGACGAAUGGGAAGUCGCCCUAAACCACAAGCCUAGACGCCAGGAAGCUGUAUCAGAUAUUUCAAUGGCUAUUCCAGGAAACCCACCAAUGCCAAAUGGCUCCUGCUAUUCCCCUAUAGCCCCGUCUCUAGCAUGUACAGCACGCCGCUGCUUCUCAUACGGGCUGUACUCGGACCUGGCCGAAACCAUCGCGGGGCACAGCGUCAGCGACGUGCUGGCCAACGACGCCGUCUCGCCCGCCACGCAAGCCGCCUACCCCGCAGAAUUUGCCUUCUACACGCAGCUGCACGCGGCCGGCAGCGUCGCGGCGGCCUUCUCGCCCCACGAGCUCGCGCAGUGGGCCGCGGUGGGGAACUCGCACCGCGGACGCCAGGCCAACCCCGCGUGGCGGCUGGACCGCUGGAAGUUCUUGCCCAUGGCGGCGGUGGCGCUGCGCGCGAGCCCGCCCGCCGCCCGCUGGUUUCUGUUCGUCGAGGCGGACACGUUUGUCGCGCUGCGCACGCUGCUGGCGUACCUCGAGCUUUUCGACCCCCGCUUGCCGCUCUACAUCGGCCGUCAGAUGCACAACAGAGACACGCUGUUCGCGUACGGGGGCGCGGGCUUCAUCGUCUCGCGUCCGGCGCUCGAGGCCUUGGUGGAUGUUGUGGCGCGCGAUAGGGCGGGCUACGAGGACUAUGUCAGGAGGCAUUGGGCUGGCGACGCGGAUCUGACCCACGCCCUGGCCGAUACGGGCACGUCGCUGCUGCAGGCGUGGCCGAAUUUCGAGAGCGAGGCGCCGCGCGACGAGGAAUGGGGGAUUGUGAAGUACGGCCGCGUGCUGUGGUGCUAUUAUGCUAUGACGUACCACCAUAUCGCGCCGGAGGAGCUGGGCGAGCUGUUUGCGUUUGAGGAGCGCUGGGGCAGGGAGCAUAACGGGAGCCUCUUGAGGCAUGGCGACGUCUUUAGGGAGUUUAUCCUGCCGCAGCUCGUGCUGGAACGCGACGAUUGGGAUAACCUCUCUGAGGCUGGUGUUGGUGUGUCUAGCGGCGGUGUCCCGCUCGAUUCAUUCGAGAAGUGUCGCGCUGUGUGCGAGCGCGUAGAGCAGUGCCUGCGGUUUUCGUUUGCCGGCCAGAGCUGCAAAGUCUCGUUUGGGGUGAAGCUGGGGCAUCAGACCGACGCUGCGGCGCCGGUGAGGGUCCGGUCGGGUUGGAUAAUGGACCGGAUGGAGGCUUUUAUGCAGCAGAUGGACGCGAAGUAUGGUUCCCUAGCAAACAAAAAGUCAGGCCCGAAGGCCCUCUAA